AAGGCGGGGCCGGGUUCGGCGAAUGGGAGGUGGGCGUGUCGCUGCCUUAGGAGCGACAACGAUUCAACAUGGAGGCGGCGGUUAACAGUCUCGAGGCUAUGUUCCAGGUGGCCGAAUCUGAUCUGGACAGCAUUCAGAGCAUGUUGGAGUUUGAAACAAUGAAAGGGGUCCCUGGUGAAUUAUCUCAAGAGGAAAAUCCUCUGGCUCUCAUACAGCAGCUAUCGGUAAUGAAGUCACGUUACAAAAUGUUGUGCGAGUGGCUAGACAGGAUUUCUGCAGAGCAACAAGAGUCGAUGCGUUCUAUCAAUGCUACUCUCAAUAAAACACUGAGGCUGGUUCAGAAGAUACAGCAGCAUGCCGGGAUUGAGACCUUGCCUCUGUCUGAAGAACAGCAGCUUGCAGUGCAGCAGUUAAAGUUCCAUGCUCUUCAAAAGACAGAUGCUCUGGCGAAACAGAAAUGUCCAAAAGAAUACCAAAUCCACUGAUUCCAGAAGAACUUGCCCGGAAAAGAUUGUG